CGACGCAUCGCACCGACUCCGCUCGCCGCAUCGCGAUCGUUCUUCGAAAAGUGGCAAAGUAGCGGAGCAUGCCUCCGUCCAUGCUUCUCCGCAGCGGAAAGAAAGUGCCGCAAGCGGUGCUGGGAAGGCGGUCAUGCCGGCGCUGCCGACGUCGCAUCCGCCGAUCCAGAUCCUGGUGUAUGCCAACCCGCUGCUGCCAUCGUUCUACGAGUUGCGCCCCACACGCCUCCCGCCACCGUCGCGCGAGUACUUUACUCUCUCAGACGCAGGGCUCACGCACUUUCGCGGCGAGUCGUAUUCUGAGUUUACUCCGCGCGCCGAGUACGAGCGAGAUCUGGCCAACUACAACGCCAUGCGCCGGUUGCACUACUUUGCCGCCUUUAAGCUUCGCAAGUACUUUGACGGCUGGCGGACCGCUAUCCGCGCGCGCAUCUUUGCCCUCCGGAAGGAGCAUCUCUUUCGAAGGCUCUUUGUCUCGGUUCCACCGCUCCACGACGCUCGGCUUGCUCUCCGCACCGCCCUUGUCGACUUUCUCGACACCCACUUUGACGCACCCAACCCGCUUCUUCUCUUUCCUCCGACCCUGGCCUCGGUUCCGGAUCAUCUCGCCGGCCUUGCUGAGAGCUUUGCCGUGAUGCGAAGCCGGUUUGCAGAGUCCUAUCUUGGCUGGCGCGCCAUCGUUCACUCGGCCGCCCAGCUCGUCCUCGACUCGACCCCGUACGACCUCGACGAACAUGGCGAGCUUGUUCCUGGCACUUCCAUCGAGUCGGUCCACAUCAACCGCCGCAUCCUUCUCUUUGAGCCCUUUAUCCGCCUCGCGGACUACCUCAUCUUUGGCACGCUCUUCACCGCCGCCGUAGGCUCGACGCACCACGCACUCGCUACGUUGGUGGGCCAGAACUCGGCGUCGCGCUCCCCGCACGCGCUGCUUGCUCACUUUGACGGCCAUCCACCUCUGGCGCCGCCGUCUCCACGCGCGCACGCAGCGCUUCCACCCCUCCUUGAGGCCGAUGUCCAUCCGACUGCCCCACCAACCCCGUACUUUGUCCUCCACGCCACCAGCGACGCCGCCGGCAAUGUCACCACCACGCCUCUCCUCCGCCCACUCCUUGACUACCUCGCCGCCCUGCCAUCGCUUCUCCCGGCAUCGGUCUUUGCCUGCGGAGAUCCUGUUGUCCCGCUCAUCUCCGACCCGGUCCUCACCGUUUUUGGUCGCUUCCGUGGCGCGUCCUCCUCGCCGCUCGCGACUGUCGUCGACGCCUUUGGUCCGCUCACCGCCGCCAAAGACCGCUAUGCCACCCACAUCGCCGCUUACGUCGACACUGUCCGUGCACACCUUGCGUCGCUCUCAGCCCUGGCCACGGCGGUCAGCACUUCACCAGGUCUCACCCUUCCACUCCACGCACCCGCUCUUGACACCCCGGUAGGCACCGCCACCGUCGCCUCGUCGCUUGUCCGUGCCAGCGCCCUCGCCGCUGCCGUCGACCGACUUGCAGUCCCACGCCCGAUCGGCCCGUUCCUUGUCACUGCCGUACAGCUCCGUGCGUCCCUCGCACCAGCGCUUGACAAGGCGCUUGCCUCCUUUCACGACCAGCUCCUCGACUUGCUCAAUGCCCACGCCUCGGCCUACCUCUCUGCCGUCGCCCAGACCAUCACCACGCUGGCUACCCAGCCAGCGUCGGUCACCGCCGCUGUCGCCUGGGUCACCGUCGCUGCCGCCGCCCUCGAGCACACCGUCGCCCUCCAUGUCACAGACCUCCUCGCGGCUGAUGAGCGCCUCGCCGAGAACAUGAACAAGCUCUUUGCCGCCAUUGCCAACGAGCCGCGCCUUUGGGUUCUCUCGACGCCGGCCGACGAGCUUGACUCGCUGCUUGGCGCCUUCAAUGCAUCGGCGAAGCCGCUCCUCGACGAGCUGGCCGCCUCGGACGCCACUUGGACCGCCCUCGCCAUGCCGCAGCCAGACCGCUCCGCGCUCCCGCCGCUCUCUGCCCGACUGGAAGGCCUUGCCUCGCUUUGGGAACUCGUCGCCGCCGCCCGGGCGGCCGCUGCCUCCUGGCUCGCCACCCCGAUCCUGUCGCUGAACGCCAAGGAUCUUUCGGCCACGCUCGAUCAGCUCAAGAGUGGCCACCGUCAGCUGAUCGCCCAUCCAGACGCUCUGCUCGCCACCAAGCUUCUCGGGUACCUCGCCUCGACCAUCGACUUUCUUGCCUCACACCUCCCGCUCCUCAUCCCCUUUCUCCACACCUCGUUCCGCUACGUCCACUGGGUUCGACUCCGCGCACUCCUCCACUCGCCAUCACCAGACGUUCUACCCAUCGAGCCAGCGAACAUCUCGCUUGGGGCCCUUCUCGAUGUCGGCCUCCGCAGCGUCAUGCCACAGCUGCACUCCCUCGCCCACGCCGCGCUCAAAGAGCACACCGUCGAGUCGCGGAUCUCGCUCAUUCGUACCGAGUGGCUCGCCCGCGCGCUCCCCCUCGUCCCCGCCCCGCCGUCGUCCGCCCUUGGUACCGACACCAUGGUCCUGGAGGGACCAGCCGUCUCUUCCCUCAUCGACAGUCUCGAGGAUGACCGCCUCGCCCUCUCCGCUCUUUCUUCCUCCAAGUAUGCCGAGUACGGAGCGCUCGCCAAGAUGUCCACCUCGCUCACUGCAGCUCUCAACCACCUCGCGGCCUUUCUUCGCCUCGCUGUUGCGGUUCAGGCCACUCUCAUGGACCUCGCUGCCAUCUUUAAGGCCUACGAUGUACAGCGCCGGCUGCCGCAGCACCUGCGCACCGUCCAAAAGGCACAUUCCUCGUUCCGUGCCAUGAACCAUGGAUUAGCGGCCAAGUCCACCCUUCUCGUCCCCUCAUCGCUCCCGCUCGCCUCACUCCAGGUCACCGCUAGUCACCUCGACGACGCCAAGGCCGCCAUCGACGACUACCUCGCCAACAAGCGCCGCGCCUUUCCGCGCUUUUGCUUCCUCUCGCGCCGGGUUCUUCUUGACCUCCUCAUCGACUACGUCGACACGCCCGAGUCCAUUGCGCCCUACCUCCCGCUCAUGUUUGCUGGCAUUGCCUCGCUGACGUCGGAGCCGUCGGCAGCGUCCGACGCCCCGAUUGCUAUUGUCGGCGUCACUUCGGCGACGCUGCGAGACGGAGGCCCACCCGAGUCGUUUGCGCUUUCGUCGCGCGUACUUGCCCGUGGUGGCCUCGAGCGGUGGCUCGCCACCGUCACCGCUGGCGUCAAGAGUACCCUCACCGACGCCCUCGACACCGUCCUUGCUGCUCUCACUGCCUCGUCACCCGUCUUGCCCGAGCUCCCAACACCAUCAGCCGAGCUUGUCCAAGUCUUUCCGCAUGCUGCAGGCAAGCUCGCCCUCCCCGCAGUCGCCGGCGCUACACUCAUCGGCGCCGUACCCGACUCGAUGCUCACCCUCGGCUACGCGGUCCACUUUGUGCGCUCUGUUGAGUUGCUCCUCACCUCCAAGCACGUCAUUGCCCUCCUCGGCCAGCUUCAUUCGCAGCUGACAUCGGUCCUGCGCGCGUUGGCCAUCUCGGCGGCAUCGGCUUCGCUGCCACCACGCAUCCUCCUCCUCGUCUCCAACCUCGUCACGCUCACGCUCUACCACCGAGACACAGUGGCUGAUCUGGUCGCAUCGGGCGUCACCUCGGUUCGGGCCCACGAGUGGGUCUCGCUUCCCCGGCACUACUACGAGGCUCGCAAGCUCACCCUCGCCGUUUCAGUCCACUCGUUCGAGUACCAGUUUGAGUAUCUUGGCCUCGCACCGCGCCUCGUUUGCACCCCACGCACCGUCGCCGCCCUCCAGAACCUUGCCCUCGCCAUCGGUGCCUUUUCUGGUGGCGCUCUCGCAGGCCCGGCCGCCACCGGUAAGACCGAAACGGUCAAGGAGCUCGGUAAGAUGCUCGGCGUCUUUACCCUGGUUUUCAACUGCUCACCGAGCACAUCAUACGCCGCCGUCCACAGCCUCCUCUCUGGCACUGUUCUCUCCGGGCAACUGCUCUGCCUCGACGAAGUUGACGCCCUCGCCCUACCCAUCCUCUCGGUCCUCUCGCAGCACGUUGCCACCAUCUUUCGCGCCCUCGCCGGAGGCUCGGACUCGAUCACUCUCUCCGGCGUCUCGAUGGGCCUCUCGCCGACCGCCGCCAUCGCCGUCACCAUGGACCCGCCGUUUGCGAACGAGCGCCCACUGCCCGAUGCUCUUCUUUCACAACUCCGGCCGAUCACGCUCACCCUGCCUGACACUGUCGCCAUCGCCCACUUUCUGCUUGUUCGAGCCGGACUCGACGACAAGCCGGCGUGCGACCUUGCUCGCAGGCUCACUGGCCUUCUUGACUCGGCCGGCGCCGUACUCACUGCCGCACCUACGCACGCGUUCUCGCUGAGGACCCUUGUGGCCAUAGCCCGACUCGCUGCGUGCUUUGGCAAACUCGGCGCGUACGCCGCACUUGACGUCGAGGAUCGCAUCACCCAAGCGACGCUCGCCACGCUUGGCCCGCUCGUCCCGGCGCCGCUCCGCGACUCGACUCUUGCCCUCCUAGUCUCGGAUGCGUUUCCACGCGUCCGUGCUCAUCUUGACACCGGCAGCUCGCUCAGCACCGUCCGCGUCGAGAACACCCACCACUACAUUGAGGUCAAAGCCGCACUCUCGGCCGCGCUUCGCGGUCUUGUCGCGCUUCCGCUCCCGUCGACUACCCGUGCCGCGCUCGACCUCUACACGCUCGCCUCUGCCAACCGCGGCGUAGUGGUUGUCGGGCGACCGGCCUCGGGUAAGUCGACGGCCAUUGCUGCGCUCUGCACCGCCCUCACCAACCUUGCACUCCGAUCCAACCCGACUCGCGCCCCGCCGCCACUCACCGACCUUGCUAUCGCGGUUGUCAAGCUCUUCCCACACGCGCUUGGCCCACACGCUCUCCUCGGGUCGUCCGGCACCCUGGCGUCUGCCCUCAAGACACUGCAGCAGAGCGAGAAGCCUAUUCGCCCUGUGAUAGUUCUGGACGGUGCGGUCGAUGUCUCGUGGGCCGAGGCCAUGAACUCGAUCAUGGACGAGAACGCCAACGCUUGCCUCCCUUCCGGCGAGCGCGUUAAGCUUGCGCCGGAGACGCGGCUUAUCUUUGAAGCCCACGACCUUGUGCAUGCCUCACCCGCCAUUGUCUCGCGUCUAGCCAUUGUCACCAUCGAUCUUCCGCUCACCGCUGACGCCGUAGCCGCCAUGAUCCCAUCCGGAUGUGACAAGCACGCCCGCGAGCUCGCGCUUAGCCACUUUGAGGCCGGCUACGUUGCCGCUACCCAACUUGGCUUGUGCCUCCCCUGGCCGACCGCGCUCGACAACUUGCUCCGGCUCUUUAGCGCCACGCUCGAGUCGAUCCAGCCUCGGGUCCGCCGCAAGUCGCACCCGGAUCAACUAGUCGCAUCUGUCUUUGCUUACGCCUACCUCUGGUCGCUCGGCGGUGGCCUGCCUGCUCCAGCCUGCGACGACUUUGAGCUCAUUGCCCACGCCCGCCUCCAGGACGUUCUCCUCCUCUCGCCACAGACUAACUUGUUUGACUACUUUGUCGAGGCCAGCUCCGGCGAGCUCGCGCCGCUUGAGGGCCUCUCCCUCGCUGCCAUCCCUCCGCCCGAGGCGUCGUCCAUCUUUACCGUCCCGUUUGUACCCACACUCGAGUCGAUUAAGGUCGCCACGGUCACCAAUCUCGCGCUUGCCGCCGCCAUUCCCACGCUCAUUGUCUCCGAGUCGGGCAACGGAAAGUCCGCGCUCGCUCGCUGGCUCCUGUCGUCGUCAUCGUACUCCAGUCACUCAAUUGGCCUUUUGCGCAACAUGACGCGCGCUGAACUCAUCGAUGCGCUCGCCCCGAUGCUUGCUGCCACCGCUCCGCCGCAACUGCUGUUUGUCGACGACCUCGGUGCAGCUGUGCCAGGCACCACCGGCGUGUGUGCCAGCCACGAGCUGCUGCGCCAGCUCUUGAUUCUUGGCGGGCUCCACAGGCCCGCUGUCCGCGACGAGGCUUCUGCAGAUUCUGACACCCUCCUUGGCAACUGGUCGCUCGUCGGCAAGUGGGCCCAGCCGAGGUUCAUUGGCGCUGCCCAGCUGCCGACUCGUGCCUCCUCGCGGCUCGCUUCGCUCCUCUUGCCCAUUGCGCUUGCCGAGCCCGAGAUGCUCUCGCUCUCAUCGCUCCUAUCGCAGGUCUUUGAUGCUGCGUUUGGCAUGACCCUCGAUCUCAACGCGCUCAAAAGCUGCAUCCCUGCGCUAGUCGCCGCUUCGCUCGACGUGUACAACUAUACCCGCAAUGAGCUCCACUAUGCCGCCCACGUCCACCCACACUACAAUUUCAAUCUCCGAAGCCUGGUGGCGCUUGCUAACGGUAUUCUCCGCAUAGUGGCCCUCGCUGCACCCACACCCGAUCUUUUGGCCAAGACCUGGAUUCUCGCAGCGCAGCGGAGCUUUGGGGACCAGCUCGACCCUACGUCUAACCACCCCGAGCUCUUCCGUCGUCACCUACUGGUAGCUGCGCGGGCCAACUUUGAUGCACCCAAGCUCUCACUCCCGCUCGACGCACACAUGCUGCGCACACUCUCGCUCGGCAGUACCCGUAUACACUCUCUCGAGCAGCGUACCUACUACGCACUCCUCGACGUUGAGCCCGCCGUCCUACGCUGGGACGUGACCGGGCCCGACGCUUCCGCCCCCAUCAUCUCCAAGUUGGCCCCUGCCUGGACUGCCGCCGCCGACUCACUGCCGAUGCCACGCUUGCAUCACACCUUUGAUGCACACACGCCACCUGCACUCGCAAACUCAGGCCGUCUCCUCCGCCCGGCCAACGUCUUGGUGGGCUCCCUAGAUCUUGCACACGCUGUGGUAGCACACGUUCUCGCGCGGUGCUCUGGCCAUCGCCUCCCGCAUGUUGCGUUUACCGAGUUUGUGACCAACGUUCUCGCGCUCCACUACCACAUCGCGGCACCGUACAACGCACAUGUUGUUCUUACUGGCGCGUCAGGCAGCGGCAAGACGAGCGCCGCGCGUGCCGCCGCCGCUCUCUCGGGCGCGACGUUCUACCACGCCCUGCCUCGGAGCGCCGUCGGCGGCGAAGCUGCACAUCUUCGCGACACUCUUGCCAUGCUCAAGGACGCGUGCACCGAAGCGGCUGUUGAGAUGCGACGUGUAGUCAUGUUUGUCGACGCGUCGCUGCUGGCCGUUCCGGACGUGGUUCAUGCCAUGACCUCGCUUGUUUGCGGCGGCAACGUGGCUGGCCUCUUCUCAGCGGAAGAGGUGAGCGGCCUUGUGACGACGGCUGCGACGGCACUCGCUAUUCCCGAAGACGUGCCGCGCGACGAGCUCACCGCCGCGCUCUUUGCUACCAUCCGGUCGCGAGUCACGGUGAUUGUCGCCGUCGCCGACGACGAGCCUGGCCAGGUUGCUGGCUUUGGGGCAGCCUAUCCUGGACUGGUCGGCUCGUCGACCGUUGUCGCCCUCGCGCGGGGGGUGGCACCUGUCUCGGUCACUCAACUUGUGGAGCAUCUUAUUGUACCACACCUCGAGUGGCUCGACAGUUCGCUCCCCAGCCCGGUCCGCGACGUUUGUCUCCCGAGCGCAUCGUUCGAUGCCCUCGUCGCCCACGUGGUGGGCAAGGUCCACGAGCUUGUCCAAGCCGGCGCUAAAUGUGGCAUUGCCCAUGCUACGGGUGCGCUCGCGCGCGCCGCGACUGGCGCGCUCCCGCUCAGCAUGGUGCAUCGGCUGGUAGCCUGCCUUGGCUCCCACAUUCGCGCCGCGGUCGGCUCACAUGCCGGCUUUCUCCAGACCAUGCAUACGGUUCUCGACGCGCUGCCGGUUAUCGACGCGCAGCGCGAAGAGCUCGAGGCCCGCGAGCAGGCACUUCUUGCCCAGCUCAGCACAGCCCGGAUCAAGCUUGCCAAAGCCCGGUCAGAGCUGCUGGUCCACGAGGCAUCGGCACAGCGUUCGGAGCGCCAUCUUGCGCGCGAAGCCGGCCAGCUCCAGCACUCGCUUGUCGAGGCGCAGGCGAGAGUGGCUCGUGAGGAGGCUGUUCUGUCGGCGCAGAUCCAGGCGGCCGAGACCGCUUCGGUGGCACUUCGUGACGAGCCGGCGUCGGCGCUCGCACUCUUGCACAACCUUGACGGCGGCACGCCCGAGACCGGGCCGAGCCCCAGUACCCGCGGCGGGCUUGGCGUUCUCCACAAGACGCAUCGGCUCAAGUCGGCCGUUGACGGCGUCGAUCCGACGGGCAUCCCGCUAUCCAAAGUGCGCCAGCUCGCCAAGCUGCUGCCAGAGAGCUUGCCAGACGGAGCGAGUCCGACACUCUGCCUUCUCCACAACUGGCUGGCUGCGGUUCUCCGUGCUGCCAAGCAGUACUCGGUCUCUUCGGUGGCGCUGUUCAAGCUGCAAAAAUCGAUGAAGGACACCCAAGCCGACCUUGACCUAGUUGUCGAGCGGCAGCUUGCACUCGCGGACGAGUUUUCCGCCGUCGAUGCUGCCCGCGACACUUACAUCCAGCUGAACGAGGCCUGCGAUUCGGUUGCCGACGCUGUCGAUGAGACGUCGGCCGCUGCCGCUCGCGGCACCAACCUUCUUGCCGCUCUCAAGAAGCGCGCCGGCGAGUGGCUUGGCCUGCGGGAUGCAGUUCGCUCCAGAGCGCCAGCGUCGCUCGACGACGGACUCUUGGCAGGGCUUUGGGCAGCGUGGCUUGGGCCACUCACUGUCCAGCAGCGGCGCGCGCUCAUCGCCGUCGUCGCCAGCGAUGGAAGUGAGGAAACGAGUGCGGGGGAUUUACCAACGGAUGAGGCCGAUGUUGAUGUUCGCAGCAAGCACAUCUUUGUUCGGCCACGCGUAGCCGGCAUGCCUGCCGCGCUCUACUCGCCGUUUACCUUUGCACUCACCCAGUGGAAGUAUUGCGGCCUUUUGCCCGACUCCAACUCGCAGGCCAACGCGAUGGUCGUCCUCCACGCACCAACGCCGAUUGUGGCGUGUCACGACCCACAAGGCAUUGCGGCGCGCUGGCUCCGGGCUAUGUACUCGGACUCGCAUGAGUCGCGGAGGGUUUGGGCGCGGGCGCUGGAGCUCAACGCAGCGCUAACCGAGCUCGUUGUUGACGAUUCCGAGCUUCCUGUGCGGCACGUGCUGUGCGAGAGCGAUGCUUUGUAUGCGCUUGUCACUGUCUCGCCGCGGGACACCCGCCGCGAGCGGCAGCGCAAGGUCGCCGUAGCACUCGAGCCGUACCUGCGCAUCCAUGGUGCUGGAGCGCUGCUGCCGUCUCAGAUCUCACGUGAGGAUGCACAGCUUGAGCUGGACCCCCGGGUCCGGCUGGUUGUUCUAGUGGAAGGCGAGCGACAGCUCGAUGAGACGAGCAUCACCUCAUGGCUGCUCAAUCCGGAGGAGCUCACCGGACCGGUCUUCACCGCCCCGCUGCACAAGGUGUACGUGACUCUCCUUGCAGCCGAGGUGGAUGUGACGCCUGCCCUGGAGCCAUGGCUCACACUUGUCAAUUUUAGCGCGAGCUCGGCGGCGACGCAGCGAAUUGUGCUUGGCGAGCUUGUGAGCGUUGUCCAGCCAGCGCUUGAGUCGUCGAUUGUCGACGUGCUCUCGCGGCUGGCGGUCGAGGAGACCAAGCUGGACAAGGCCUCGCUCGCUGAGCUGCGCGCUGUGUCGUCGGCCGACCUAGAGUCUGUCCUCAACAGCGAUCAGCUGCUGAACACUGUGUCAGAGGCGGCGGCGACGCUGGCGACGAGUUCGAGCGGGCUCGAUGACGCACGCAAGCUCUACACCUCGCUUGUCACCAACCACGAGCUCUUCAAUCCGGCGGCAAAACUUGGCGCACUGCUUUACUCGAUUGUACUCUCACUGCGGCAGCUGAACCCGAUGUACCAGUUCUCGCUCGACUUUUUUGUCGAUCUCUACAAGCGGGCAGUCAUGGCGGUGCUUGUUGACGGCGCCGACCCAGGACAGGGUGCGCUGCUCAGCCCGCGCUCGCCGACGUCGAUACUGUCAGCAACAGCACCCGCCAUUCACGUGCCGGGUCAGAGCGCACCAAGCCCGACAGGACUCCCGCAUCUCUCACUGACAUUAACGGUGGACAAUGCGCCGAUGGUGGCCACCCACAAACGCCAGCGGUCGGUCAUGUCCAACUCGUCAGUAGCCUCGCUCGACUGGUCAGACGUCUUGCCCUCGCCACAGUCUCCGGUCGUCCCGACCAUGACGAGCCAUCGAUCGCAGUUGUCGGUGGCAUCGGGAAUGUCGGACUCGUCGGCCGGCUCGCGGUCAUCCCGAAUCCGGCGUGCUACCUCUGCGAGCGUGACCAAGCGGCUGCGGAAGAUGCGCUCCAAGGCUGCAAGCCGGUCUCAGCUUGGCUCUGGCUCACGCGGUCUGCUUGAGCUCUCGCUGACUCGGACCAAUGCAUCGUCAUCAUCGUCGUCUUCAUCGUCGUCGCUAUUCUCGCUGCAGUCAUUGUCGUCACCAAGCUCGACGCUUUCUCCGUCGUCGCCAUUCUCGCCGUCGUCGCCAUCGUCGGUCUCGUCAUCAGCGGCCACAGUGCUGAGUCGGUCGGUGGCAUCCAGUGGAUCGCUGCCAGAGUGGCGGGCGUCGACACCGACGUCUGCGGGAACGCCGCCGCUUUCACCGAUGUCGCCUCUUGUUCCCACCUCUGUGCGAGAGCGCCAGGCCCGAGCUCGGGCACACCUUGCGCGGGCCAGGCCGUCAGACGAGAGACAGGCGUCGUCGCCAACUCUGGAGGUUCCGGGCAACGCGACGAGGUCACGAUCGCGGUCAAGGUCCCGAUCGCGGUCGCAGUCGCGGAUUGCCCAGCUCGCAGCGUCCAACUCGAUCUCGUCACUAGAGGCUCGGCCGUACUCGGCCGGCUCAGACUCGUCGUCAAGCACCGAGUCGAGCCAGCACUCACAGGGCCCGGCGAGCAUGUCACGGCACGCCAUCGACACGAUGGGGAAAGACAGGCUGGCUGUUCUCCCGAGCAUUGUGGCACGCGGAGGCUCACCCCCACCCGCUGGAAGUGGGCGGUCAAUUGCGGCGGGCCGAGAGCGGGCGUCAAAGCGCCGGGGUAUGCGUCGGACGUCGAGCCGGUUCAUGGCUGACGCGCUGAUGGAAAUGUGCGACCCGCCGUCGUUGACAGUCGUUGGCUCCGAGUCGUCAGCGUCGAUGUCGUCGCCGUCGAGCUCGAUGCAAGACUUCACUAACGACUUUCGACCGCCAGUCUUCCCGCACAUGUCGGCUGUCGACCUCGCACCCAGCCGCCACGAUGCCGCCAACGGCGACACGGUUGCUGCAGCGGCCUCGAUGUCGCGACUGGGCAUCCCAGCUCUGGCAACACGCGUACAGCGACAGGCGCUACUUGCCUCCCCCUCAUCGGCAAAUGUACUGCAGUCUGCCACAUCACUGGCGCUGUUGUUUAGUGACCCGAUAACGGCGGCAGCGUCGAUAUCUUCGGCAAGCCUGAGCCCAAUGACACCGCAUGUGGCGAGCCACGGCCCCGUGGCCACGACGUCGGCGAUGGAACUUGCGCCGAAGACUACGGCGCUACUAACCUCGCUUUCUACGGUUGGCUUUGGGCCAGAGGCGCCGGGCGCGACGCUGGGCGUAUCGUUUUCGAGCAGCCAAGGUUCCGGGAGCCAAGCGCUGCCUGUGCCGAGAAUGGACGUGCCGCGGACGCCUGGCGGCGGGUUUGCGAUCGGCAAGAUCCGGGCCCAGCGCCAGAAGCACAUGCAGGUGGUCACCUCGGCAUCAAACCUCAACGCUUCGGGCUUUGGCUUUGCGCUCGGCAGCAGCAGCGCAGCAGCGCGCGCAGCAUCAGCAGCGGCGGCGCGAGCGGCGGCGGGAGUUGCUGCCGCUCGGUUUCGUGAGAACGUGGUGUACGAGGUCUAUUGCUCACUCUGCACCACGCUUUGCGAGAGCGAUCGGCUGCCGCUGGCCCUGCACCUUGCUCUGCAGCUACAGCUAGUUGAGGGCGAGGUGAGUCGCGAUCAGCUCGAGUUGCUUGUGGCGCCACUCCCGCCACGGGCACAGCUGCUCGCAGCGGCACCGGACAUGGACUACAAGCUGAGUGAGUGGCUCAAACCCGAGGCUUGGGCUGGGCUGGCGUUCCUGGAGGCGAUGCUUCCGUCGUCGUUCCGUGGCUUGCUCGAGUCAGUGGCUGAGCCCGGGUCGGGCUGGGCCGAGUUUGUGCUGGCACGCGAGCCGGCGGAGGCAAUGCUGCCGGGUGGAUGGGCGUCGCGGCUCGACGACAUUGACGCACUGCUCUUGUUCAAGGUCCUUCAUCCAGAGAGCGUGGUGCAGGCGUGCAUCAACUUUGUGGAGGACAAUCUCGGCCCCGAGUUUGUAGAGCCGACGGUCUUUGAUCUCCACGCGGCAUUCCGCACGCGAGUGGCCGACGUGGCGGCCGAGGUCGGCAUCCUGACAUCGGCCGUUACGAUCAUCGGCCUCGGAGGCGAGACGCUGGCGGCGGCCGAGGCGGCGAUUACCAGUAGGGCAGCAAGCGGUGGAUGGGUAGUCCUCGUCCACCUCGAAUUUGUGCCGCAGUGGUGGGCGGAGCUUGAGUCGCGCCUGCUUGCGCUAGCAGCGAUGUCGACGGUGGCAAGCACGUUCCGGCUGUGGCUGGCGGUCGGUGCCGAGUCUGCCCAUCUGCUGCCGUUUGGCAUCUCGCGGCUGUGUGUCAAGGCGCAAGUGGCACCCGCCCGCGGAGUGAGGGCCCGCAUGCACGAGGCGUUUCGCCUGCUGGGCAAAGAAGCGUUUGAGAACGCGGUGGUGCCCGAGGCAUGGAAGCGAUCGGUAUACGCGUUCACGAUGUUUGACGCCGUCUUGCGCGAGCGAACACAGAUGGCCGCCAAUACGUUGCAAGGCGUCUUUGCCGAGAGUGAUCUGGAGCUUGCGCAGCGGGUGCUGAAGGCGCUGCUAGGCUUUUACGGCUCGUCGAAUGCCAAGGCUGCGGCGCACGUGGCCAUGUUGGUGUACAGUGGACGUGUGUCAAGCGAAGCCGACGAGACCGUGUUGCGGGCCAUGACGCGGACGUUUUUGCAACAGUCGCGGCUGGAGCCUGGCGGACGGUUUGCCGACGGCUAUGACGUACCGCUGCUCUCGCGGUUCAGCUCGGUCUUUGGCGUCAUUAGUAACCUGCCUCACCACGACACGCCCGAGAUCCUUCGGCUCCCACCGUCUGCGGCUGCGUCCCGAGCCACAGAUCGUGGCGACGCGCUCACCACCAAGCUGCGGCUCAUGGUCAAGAGCGAGCGCGAGAGGGUCCGCGUGAGACACAACCUACUUGUUGACCACGAUGCGCGGCGCGCGCUCGUUCCGAUCGCGUCGCGACUAGCCGCGCUCCUCCCGCUGGUUCGAGUGCGUGAGCCGGACCCAAGCGAGCCGCUGACAGCCUUUUCGCUCUCCGAGUUCCGUCGUUACGCAAGCUUGGACGCGAUUCUGGCUCGCGAUUUGCAGGCGAUGCAAAGAGCGCUCGACUCGGAGUGGCCUUUUUCGCCGGCAGCACAAGAUGUGGCGACGGCGCUUCUGGCUGGCGCGGUUCCUCGUGCCUGGUCUGCAGCCUCUCCACCGGCACUGGCCACGAUCGACGAGUGGUGCACCGCAGUGGCGCGCGGCCCGCUGCUUCUGUCCCCGGCAGAGCGGAUUCCGCGGGUUGUGUACCUGGACUCGGUGUUCGCGGCGCGGGCGCUGUUUGCACGAAUGCUUGUGGUGCGUGGACCAAGCGGGGCUGGCGCGAGCACGCGGUGCUCGGCCGAUCUGGAGCUCGAGGUUUCGGCGCUGGACAUGCCACCGCAUCUUGUCGAGUCUGCGCCGGAGAGCGGUCUGUAUGUGGGUGGUCUGUUUAUGCGCGGGGCGACACUUGACGACGAAGCCGGGUGCCUUGUCGACUCGGAGGAGCCCUUCACGGCGCUCCCGAUCCUGUGGAUCCGACCGAAGCGCAAGUCACGGCGGCGCGGGAGCGAGAACGACGAUGACACCCGCGCGCGACUCGACCCCGAUCUGCCACUUGCCGUUUGGCGCCGGAGGGCGGGCUGA